UACUUCCGAACUACAAAAUCUCCAAGUCGUUAUCGAUCUGUUGGGCAAGCUCGACGUGCAGCGACCUCGAUGGCGGCGGAGAAGGAGGAGGUCGCUGUCGAGUCGAAGAUAGUCGAGAAGGAGAAGCCUAUGGCGCAGCGCUCGGGGUUUCUCGGGGGCGGCGGCAAGAUGGAGGCUGAGACGUACAUCCGGGCCGACAUGAUCGACCUCGAGGAGCUAGACCUCGAGAAGCAGAGGGAGUCCAUCGCCAAGACUCUGGCUCUGGAGAAGCAGCGGCAGAAGGACAACCAUCGGCCCAUGGCGCCUUGGGAGAUCGACCUCGCGAAGCUAACCGUCCACCGCCGGAUAGCACCCGGGACCUUCGGCUCUGUGUAUCGCGCUACCUACGAUGGCAAGGACGUCCUAGCCAAACUAUUGGAUUGGGGAGAAGAUGGAUUUAUGCCAGAGACUGAAAUUGCUAUUCAGCGCGAAGCACUGAGGAAGGAGGUUAUUGUCUGGAAGGAACUCGACCACCCAAAUAUCACAAAGUUCAUUGGUGCAUCAAUGGGUACCAUUGACCUUACUAUUCCACCUGAGAGCGGGGAGUGUACCGCACCCCCUGAUCCUCCGGAGAGGGCAUGUUGUGUCGUUGUCGAAUAUCUCAGUGGAGGAACACUGAGACAACAUCUAUAUGCGAACAGGAAUGAUAAGCUUACAUAUGAAGCUGUGGUUGAGCUCGCCUUGGAUUUGGCUAGAGGACUGGCCUAUCUGCACUCGAAAGAUAUCGUGCAUCGGGAUGUCAAAGCAGAAAAUAUGCUGCUUGACUCAAAGGGGACCCUUAAGAUUGCCGACUUCGGGGUCGCGCGUGUGCAAGCAAAGAAUCCACAAGAGAUGACAGGCAUGACAGGCACGCCCGGUUACAUGGCUCCGGAGGUUAUUCUAGGCAAGCCAUACAACAGGAAGUGUGACGUUUACAGCUUUGGGAUAUGCUUAUGGGCGAUCUAUUGCUGUGACAUGCCGUACUACCCAAACAAGAGCUUUGGAGAAGCCUCAUCUGAUAUUGUUCAUAAGAAUCUGCGACCUAAGAUCCCACGCUGCUGCCCGGCCCCGAUGGCAAACAUCAUGAAGAGCUGCUGGCAGGCUGACCCUGAGAAGCGGCCCGACAUGUUGGACGUUGUGCAACUCCUGGACGGUCUUGACACAACCCAGGGCGGAGGCAUGAUUCCGGAAGAGAAGACCCCCGGAUGCUUCUGCUUUUUGAGACCCCGUCGUGCAGGUCCAUAGAUAGUCUCCAAUGGACAGCAGUAUGUUAGAUUUCUGUCGUUAGCUUAAAUCAGGCAGGUGUGAUGGUGC